AUGUCAGGAAAUCUGAACAACACGGCCCUCAGUCCCGGGCAGAUGUUCAAUCAUCAGAGGGUGCUAAGAAUCCCCCGGCUUGACAUGAGAAAGACUAAAUUGCGCUUUGGGACUUGGAAUACCAGAACACUUUUGGCGGCAGGCAAACUUGAUAACGCCGUAAAGGAAAUGCUCAGACUCAAUGUCGAUAUCCUUGGAAUUAGCGAAACCAGAUGGACAGAUAGCGGCGUAUGCGUGAGGAAUGGGACGACAUUUUACUACUCAGGGAACAGUGAUCCGAACCAUAGAAACGGUGUGGGAUUUAUCGUGAGAAAUAAUAUUAAGAAGUCCGUCCGAAAUGUUGUUGGGUUUUCGGGCAGAAUCAUUCUACUGCAAAUGAAUGCUAGCCCAACAAAUAUAAAUCUUAUCCAGAUAUACGCACCUACAGCAGAUAAACAAGAUGAAGAGGCAGAGGAAUUAUACGGACAGAUACAGGAGGUGCUUCGAUCUUUGAAACCCCAUGAAAUCACGAUAAUCCUCGGCGACUUUAAUGCUAAGGUUGGAAAAGGCAGAGUUGCUGAUGUGGUAGGCGCCUUCGGACUAGGUGAAAGAAACGGACGUGGGGAACUCCUCCUACAUUUCUGUAAAGAGAAUAUGGUCAUAAAGAACACAUUUUAUAAACUUCACCCACGGAGGUUAUACACGUGGAAAUCUCCGCAAGAUAGCUAUAACAACAUCGUACGUAACCAAAUAGAUUAUAUAUUAAUUAAUAGAAGAUAUCAAAAUAGUAUCAAAAGGGUUGCCGCUUAUCCUGGUGCCGACAUCGGCUCUGACCAUAACCCCCUGAUCGCAGACUUUCAAUUUAGACUCAAACUAAUAUCGGAGAAAAGAACAACAACACAGAGACAUUAUAACAUUGAUAGACUGAGGGAACCAGCAGUUCCAGACAGAAUGAAAUUCGAAUUAACAGAACUAUGGGCAAGUAAUAACAACAAUCUGCCACGCCCUUUCUAA